AAGGCGCCGGCCAAGGCCGCGGCCAACGGGGCCCGUUCGCUAUGGGCGGGCAGCUGGGCCGGGCCGAGCCGCGCCCCGCCGGGGAGCCGGGACCGCGCUGCCGGGCCCGAGCCGCCGCCGCGCCGUGGGGGAUCACCUGACUCCACCAACUCCCUUUGCGCUGACUCCUCGGCGCCGGUAUCCAAUUCAGCAGGCCCAGUACUCCUCGUUGGGGGCCCUGCCCACAGUAUGCCUGGAUGGCUACCAGAGGAAAAGCCUGCUAUCUGCUCGCAACUCCAGCAUGGUGCACAGCCCGGUGACAGUGAAGAUUGCACGGCCGGACAGCAACCUGGCUCGCUCUCCACUCUUGGAGCAGCUGGUUUCGCCAAUGGCCUUGUCAUGCAAUAGCACCCUGGACCCAUGUGCAAAGGAGACUGUCCUGAGUGCCCUCAAAGAGAGCAGGAAGAGGGCUGUGGAGGAGGAGGACCAGAGUUUCCCCAGUGGUCAGGAGAACAAAAGGAGACGCCAUGACAGCAGUGGCAGUGGGCAGUCUGCAUUUGAGCCUCUGGUAGCCAAUGGAGCCCCAGCUUCUCUGGUACCCAAGCCAGGCACUUUGAAGAGGGCCCUUGUUUCCCAGUGCCUAGAUGAUUGCUUGAGCAAGAGAUCGCGCACUUCUUCCAUCAGCUCCAUGAACACCACAUAUGCUGGUGGGAUUCCCAGCUCCAUCCGCAAUGCGAUCGCUAGCUCCUACAGCUCCACCCGGGGACUCUCGAAGCUGUGGAAGAGAAGUGGCCCGAGUACUUCCCCUCUCUCCAGUCCAGCAUCUUCCCGCUCUCAGACACCGGAGAGGCCUAACAAGAAAGCCAGGGAGGAGGAUCCUCACUGGUCCAGCACGUCUACCCCUGUAAAGUCUGACAAGGAGCUGCAGACAGAAAAGGCUUUGGAGACUCCUGUGCGGAAGAAGCAGAGUUCCUUGACCUCGCCGUCCGUGUCAGGGAGCAGUGGGAAACGCAAGCGGAAGAUCCAGCUGCUUUCUUCUCGCCGAGGAGACCAGCUUACCCUGCCCCCGCCCCCUCAGCUGGGUUAUGCUGUCACAGCAGAGGACUUGGAUGCAGAAAAGAAGGCAGCACUGCAAUGGUUCAACAAAGUUUUGGAGGAUAAGACGGCAGUAGAUGCCACCCCAAGCACUGCUGCAGAAACCACCCCUGCAUCUAGGCCUGUGUCAUUCACACUGACAUCUACUGGGCCUACAUCUGUUUCAUUGGUCACCGGCACUGGGUCACUCCUGGAGAGUCUGAAGAAGAUGCAGAGCAGCCAGAGUGCACUUGUGCUUUCAGAUUCAGCUGGGGCUGCAGUGACCUCUCAGCUGCCUCGGACAGUUCCCAUGGUAUUGCUGGAUUCAGGUUCACUCCCUGCAGCUGUGUCUGACUCCAAGCCUGGGCCAACAUUAAACUUGCCGGCUCCCUUGGCCCCUCCCUCCUCCACUGCCCAGCCUGCCAGCAGUGUGAGCAACCUGGCGAUUCCUGCUUCAUCUGACCUGGGCGAGACCCCCACCAAGACGCCCUCCCCCCCUAAACCCAGCAUUCUCUUUGGGAUGCUGAGUACCCCGCCCGCCAGUCAGCCUGGACCAGCGGCAGCAGCCACCGCACCCGCAGCCACCCCCAUGUUCAAACCAAUCUUUGGCACCCUGCCAAAAAGCGAGAGCAUGGCGCUCUCUGCAGCUGGCACCUCUCUGGCAGUCACAGCAUGUACCAGCUCUGUGCCUCCCUCGACAGCGUCUUCCUCUGCCGCCACCACCGCCACAUUCAAGCCCGUCUUUGGGAACUUGGCAGCUGCGGCUGCACCUAUAGCAACAGCGUCUCCUUUCACAUUCAAGCAGACACCUCAGCCAGCCCCAGCUGCUGAUCUGACAGCAACUUCCACUACAGACACCACCUCUAUCUUCACCGGCCUCCCCAGUGCUGUCUUUACUACUGCAGCCACCGCUGCCAGCACACUGAGUGCCACCACUGACGCCACCACAAAGCCAGCCUUCAGCUUUGGACUUGGCGUGCCGCUCACCACCAGUGUAUCCAACAGCACAACCGUCACCGCGCCUGUCUCCACUAGAGCAACCCAACCAUUCCUCUUCGGAGCCUCUCCAAACCCGGCCCCCAGCACAGCAGCAAGCUUCACGCCUACCGCUCCCAUCUUCCAGUUCGGAAAGCCUGCAGCCCCCACUGCCAGCGUUCCAGCAGGCUCCACCUUCGGGCCAGCCCAGGCUGCUCCCAGCACCACUGCUGGCUUUAGCAUCUUUAGGGGCACAAAUCUGACUUCUACCCCACCAACCACCAGUCAGCCAACGCUGUCGUUUGGUUCCUCCACUGCUGCAUUUGGUGGUUCCUUUGGAACAGGUGCAAAACCGCCCCCUCCGUAUCCUGGUGCAGCUGGUCAGCCUGCGUUUGCCACUGGCACCCCGGAGAGCCAGCAGCCUACCAGCAAACCUGCCGCUGGCCCCGCGAGCUUCAGUACCCCCGCUUUCGGCUUUGGGGCCUCUGCAGCUCACUCUGCGGCACAGCCGGCGUUUGGGAACAGCUCGCAGCCGGUUUUCGGAGGGACUAAUACCCAAGUUUCCUUUGGCACCAACAGCUCCCAGCCAGCUUUUGGAGGCACGACAUCCGUGUUCUCCUUUGGAACAGCCACCACUACAACCGCGUCAAGUUUUGGCUCCAACACCCAGCCUACGAAGAGCGGUGCAGGUAGCAUGGUAUUUGGCGGAACCACCCCCUCUCCGUUCCCCUUUGGGGCGUCCAACCAGCAGAGCACAGGCGCCAGUGCCUUUGCCAUGGGAGCGUCUGCCCUGAGCGGGGGCACCCCCUCCGUGGCAUUCAGUUUUGGGGCUGGACAGAACGGAUCGGCAAGCACAGCAACCCCCUUUGGUUCUUCCCUGACACAGAACACGCUGGGUGCCCAAAACCAGAGCGCGCCGUUCGCCUUCGCUGUGCCUGGCACUCCUGACAGCAAGCCUGUGUUUGGAGGAACUCCCACUCCCUCCUUCGGGCAGAGCACGCCUGCUCCAGGAGCAGGGCCUGUCGGGAGCAACAGCCUUUCCUUCGGGACCCCCAGCACUCCUGGGUCGGGCUUCGGAGGAGCCAGGCCUCCAUUUGGACCAUCAACCCCUGCGUUUUCUAUCGGGGCAGGAUCCAAGACUGGGCCCCGUCAGCGGCUGCAGGCACGAAGGCAGCACCCCCGCAAAAAAUAACCUCUUGGGGCUUCUGUUGGAUCUUAGUUCUGGCCCAGCUGUGAAGAGCCCCAGCCCAGCCCCCUGAGCCGAGGGUAUCUGAGUUCUAAGUAACCCUUCUGACAAGGAGCCGGGGCCCUUGGGUCAGGCACUCGGUUCUGAAAUCGGCUGGAGACGCUUCUGGGUGGCGGCGACUCCGAUGCAGGACAGGAUAAACCAAACCCUUCGUACUUGAACAGUUCCACAGCUGAGACUGGAUAAACUCUGUACAUAGCAGCAGCGUUCCUUUCCUCCCGUAUUUCUCCAGGGCUCACAAUGUGUAAUUUCUCCAUGGCUUCAUCUAGCUGCUCCUGUGCUCUCCUGACCAUACUGACAGUUCAGCCUUGCCCAUCCCCCAUGGACCGAGUGUGUGGCGGGGGACGAGGGGAGGUGCCCACGGUGCGGCUCAUAUGCACGUUCCCUGUCUGUGCCUAAAUGGAAA